GGCUCAGCGGCUCCCCGGGCAACGCGCAAGCGCAGUUCCGACCCGGGCUGCCGACUCCAGCUCAUUGUGUUCCGCCUGCGAUGUGGCGGUUGCGGUUUCUCGCCGCGGGCAGAGGCUCCUCGAAGGGCAAUCCGGUGGUGACCAGGCACGGUGGCCAGAGCCGCGUCGGGAGAGCGGGAGCGGCCGUGGGGUGGUCGGGCCCGGGGGUCAAGGGCAGAGGGAAAGAAGGCCGAGUAAGUACGGGUCGUAGUCCGUUCUGGAGGACGCUGAUCGGAUGCCCUGAACUUGCCGGGACAUAUGGCUGAGGUUUGAUUCUAAAGAGGAAAGGGGAGGACGGCCAGGUGCGGGCUGUUGGUUUUAGGGUCCGAAUGUGAGUGUGCAUGUGGAGGAGGAUGCGGUCCGGGCCUCUGCGUGUGUCUCGGAGGAGCCAACUUCGGGAAGCCGGUGGACGCUUCGGGCGUGGAUGCUCCGGGCUGGGUCGGAGCCCUGUCUGCGGACCUCGCCGAGGCCGGGGCAGCCGCUUUCGCAGCAGCAGCUCCCGCGGGGACCGGGUCGGGGGCCGGAGGGUGGGUUGUAUGAAUGAGACUCCCAGCACCCUCCCCGCCACCCAGCCUCACAAAUGCACUGCCUCUUGCCCACCUCUGGCUCUUUGUCACCCAGACUGGGCCCCUGAGGGGGAGAGGCCUGAGCUCAGAGAAGGGCUUGGCCCCAGAGGCCUUGACAGUGAAGAUCCAGCCGUCCUAGCUUGCCUCUGGAGGAGAAAAAAGACCAUCCUUCCCCACUUCCUCCAUUCCCCUCCCAGGCAGGGGAGAAACUUCUGUUGAGACCUGUCAGGGUGUGUAGAAGUUUCUAGCCUAAGUCCCGCUCUGCCGGUCCCUGAAAGGGCUUAUGAAAGAAGGAAUGGCCGUCAGGCACCUGCCAACCAUGGUCCAGGAAUCCGUGACCUUCAAGGACGUGGUCGUGCUCUUCACCCGGGACGAGUGGGCGCAGCUGAGCGCCGCUCAGAGGGCCCUUUACAGGGAUGUAAUGCUGGAGAACUACAGUCACCUGGUCUCUCUGGGACUGUUAGGAUCCCAACCAGAUGUGUUUUCCCAGCUGGGAAAAGGAGAAGAAUGGAUGCUGGAGGACGCGUCGGGAGGCCUCUGUCUUGACUGGAUGACUAUGCCUGUGAGUAAGGACUCUACUCCCAAGGUGGAUAUUCCUGACGAAGACUUGGAUCAGUGGAUGAUAAAGGAAGGAUUCACUAGAGAUGGUCACUGGAAAUACGGUGGCCUGUUGGAGUGGCAGCAUGGAGGCCAGGUGGUACUUGCUCACCAGAGAACCCCCUCUUUGCUCAGCACCCGGGCCAGGGAAGAACCUGGGAGGCACUGCACUGUGAGCUCAUCUUUUGAUCAGAGUCAGGGAUUUCGGUCUAGCCAAAAAUCCUUCGAGUGUAGCGAGUGUGGAAAAGUCUUCACUAAGAGUUCAACCCUUAAUAAACAUCAGAAAGUUCAUACUGAAAAACUGAAUGCAAAUCGGAAAACUGUUAUUAAAGAGAAACGAUAUGAAUGUAGAGAAUGUGGGAAAGCCUUUCACCAGAGCACACACCUCAUCCACCACCAAAGAAUUCACACUGGCGAGAAACCGUACGAAUGUAAGGAAUGUGGCAAGGCCUUCUCCGUGAGCUCCUCACUCACUUACCAUCAGAAAAUUCACACCGGAGAGAAACCUUUCGAAUGCAACUUAUGUGGAAAAGCUUUUAUCCGAAACAUACACCUUGCCCACCAUCAUAGAAUACACACUGGAGAGAAGCCUUUUAAAUGUAACAUAUGUGACAAAGCCUUUGUGUGCAGGGCACAUCUUACCAAACACCAGAAUAUUCACAGUGGAGAAAAACCCUAUAAAUGUAAUGAGUGUGGGAAAGCCUUUAAUCAGAGUACAAGUUUUCUUCAGCAUCAAAGAAUUCACACUGGAGAGAAGCCCUUUGAAUGUAAUGAAUGUGGAAAGGCCUUCAGGGUGAACUCUUCCCUUACUGAGCAUCAGAGAAUUCAUACUGGAGAGAAACCUUAUAAAUGUAGUGAAUGUGGGAAAGCUUUCAGGGAUAAUUCAUCCUUCGCUCGACAUCGGAAAAUUCACACAGGAGAGAAACCUUACAGAUGUGGUUUGUGUGGGAAAGCCUUCAGGGACCAAUCAGCCCUAGCCCAACAUCAGAGAAUUCAUACUGGGGAAAAACCUUAUACGUGUAAUAUAUGUGAGAAAGCCUUCAGCGACCAUUCAGCCCUCACUCAACAUAAGAGAAUUCACACUAGAGAAAAACCUUACAAAUGUAAAGUCUGUGAGAAAGCCUUUAUUCGAAGCACACACCUUACUCAACAUCAGAGGAUUCACACAGGAGAGAAGCCCUAUAAAUGUAAUAAAUGUGGGAAAGCUUUCAACCAGACUGCAAACCUCAUUCAGCAUCAGAGACAUCAUAUUGGAGAAAAGUGAUAGCAUUAUAGUUUAUAUGGCAGAGCUUUGAGACUAAGUAUGUUAAUUAUUGAAUGUAAGAGAAUCCAUUCCAGAGAAUAGCCAUGAAAUCUUACCUGAAGAUGGAAUUUUUGUUUACGGAGAGUCAAGCUUCACAGUAUUGUGGGUUUGAGAGUUUAAGAAUGGCUGCGCUCCUAGUUCGGAAUGGCCUCAAUUGAAUACCAGUAAUGUUUAAUUACUCUGGAUUAUCAAGUAUCAUAACCAAAAUGAAGCUUCAUUGAUAACAUAGAAAUUAGAUAAUCAAAUUUACAUUUUGACUAUUAAGAGAAAGUAUAAAAUGGUAAAAGACCAGGUUGAGAAGCAAAGGAACAAAAAAGUAAGAAAAUGAUCUAUAAGCAUUUCGCUCACUUUUAUAUAAGAGGGUUUCUGCUUUUAAUGGAACCCUUUGUUCUCAUCCACCCACUUUCCCAGUGUAGGGAAAGUACAGUCACCCAUGCAUUGGCCCCGGAGUUACUUAAAUUAUGUUGUCCACCUUCUGCUUCAAUCCAUCUUGUCAGAUUUCCCUGACUUAAGUGUCCACUGGCUGCUUACCCAUAUUCUCUUUCUGGGACAACUCAUUUGAAUGGUGUGUCCCUCUUGAUUUAGCACCUCCUAACUGGUGACAUCGUGUCACUUAUCACCACCCCAUUUGCCCUUGGGGAAUGUGGGGAUCUGGCCUCGUACACAGUCUGUGGUUUUGGAUAUCUCACCCAGACCCAGCAUUCAGAACUUGGGACCCCCGGGAGGCAGAGGGCGAUCAAAUUUCUUGAGUUACCCAGUUCCUCUGGGCCCCACCUUGACUCUGACACUGGGAUGGUACCUAAGAGUAGGGGCUUAGUUUGUGUAGACAUUACCUCCAAUUGUUCUGCACUGUACUUAUCCCACAGAGAGCAGUCAGGGGCCUGCUCACUUCGGGUGUGACAGUCCAACCACCUAGCAGUGUUUUAGGCCCCCUCCACUACUGUGACUUGCUAUUCCUAACCAGCUGACGCAAGUUGAGCCCCAAAGCCAGUUCUCAAAGGCUCUGAUCCACUUUCUUUCCCUGGCUGGCAGUCCUCUGUGUCCCCUGCACUAGAGUAUAUAUCUGUUACCCCCAGAAUAUGAACUGCAUCCUGGUCCCCACCUGCCCUUCCUUUCUUCUGUCCAAUUUUCUGAAGGUCUUGACUGUGUUCACAGGACAAACAGCUUUGAAUUUCUGCUUUUGCAUUUGAAAGUGGACAUUUCCUCUCCUCCAUCUGAGUAUUCUACUAUUUAAAGACUGUCCCAUUCUGACAGUGGUGAGCUACCUGUGGAGUAAUUCCAUGGGUCAAGAACUGGUCAACAGCAUUGUGACGUUCUCUGGGAGGACACUGUCCAUGCCCAAAAGUUUUAGCGAUACUCUAUUCCUGCAGGUACAGUUCCUUCUCCAUCUUUGGUCCUUCACUGCUCUCAGUAGAAAUCACAGAGAGAAAAUAACAUGUGUGCCUUCACACGCACAGCCUCUGGUAGCACUGUCCCCUUCCCCACCACAAAGGAUGGGGAGCCCACAUGACUGCAAACUGGAACCAUGUCAUGAAGAUGGAAGAGCAAGUCAACCAUUGUUCCGGGAAACGGAGUGGCGAGUUCUUAGUCUGUGGAGGUGCUCGCUGUCAAGUCAGGCAGCCCACUGGCCCCACAAAUGCUGCACCUUGACUCCCAGAUACAGAAGAGGAUAGUCUGUAUUCUGGUGGAAUCUGUAGACUCCAGGUUGAAUACAGACUUGGAAGCUUCCAACAGCUCUAAAGCCUAAGUUCUCUAAAUUCUACUUCUGUGGAAUAAAGGCUGCCAGUGUGGGCAGGCAUCUCCUGGGAGGUGAUCAGCAGCUCAUACUUUCUCCCCUAUUAAGCUGCAGGGGAAACAGCAUUUCAAGGGGUGACUUGGAGCUCUUUGUACGCUGGACCCACACAUGUUCAUCUGCAGCCUCAUAGGGCUGGCAACCCCAGAUGCCACAAGAAGCAUGGAAUCCUGCUUGCUGCUACAGAUCGAUGCCUUCAGGACUAGCCAUAUGGCCUGGUCCUAAAAAUCACCCUCUUACCUCGAAUCCCCGUGGAACAGUGCUCAGCUGAGUUCAUUGUUCACUUUGUGUUGAAGGAGACCGGCUGCCCUCCGAGAGCCUCCUCCAUCCCCGGGGCAAAUCCAGCAGCUGUUCCUGCACUGGAAUCCAUGCAGCCGAAGGCCCUCAAGUCUGGGAUUGCUCCCUGCCCUGUCAGUGCACAGAGUUUCCAGUGCACCUGCGACUACGCCAUCACAAGAUAAUGAAUGAGCCAGCCUCCCCACCCCCUCAACAGAACCAGAGGUGGGGGGCAGAGAAGCAGAUCUAGACCCCGUCUCCUACAUCAGACACAUCAGAGCUCCCCUGGCCUGUGGAAUCACCCAGUGGGCAAACCCAGUGGGAGUGCCAAUUUCGCUGUGCCCGGGGGAAGGGUUUGAGAGGAGGAUUAGCCCCUAGACUUUGUUAAAUUCAUCAUUGUCUGGGCUCCCGUGAAUACCCCUGAAACUGACAGCUCUUGGGGGGAAAAUAAUUGCUCCAGUUUCCCUUUCACAUACCUCUAAUGCUGUCACGUCAGGCCCUCCCAUCUCCAGCUGAUAGAUCGGGCACCUGCAUUCUCCCUUGCCACCCGAGCUUGCCGAGCUCUGCCAGCAGUGUCUGCCCAAGACGUUGCCUUCCUCCAUAUUCAGCAACAGCUUUUAGAAUGGCACCUUGACCCUCAACAGACUGGGGCUUCCCGGUUACAGUGCCUGAGCCUCAGAGACUUGGAACAAAACAGCCCUAAACUGCAUGCAUCUUUGGUUGAGACAGCAAUUUUCUUGAACGUGAAUUUAGUCUAAGUGCAUAGCCUCCAGCUGUCUGACUCCUCUUCCCUUUGCACUUUGCCCUCUCCUGCCCUUCACUGGAUUAGCCAGCAAGGCGACGUGGACACAUAACACACUCCUGCCCUACUCCUGCCUGCAGUGGGAGGGGUCCCAGCUUCCGGCCCCACCUCAACUCCUGCUAAAUAUAUUUUUUGGUAAUAUUUUUACUUUUAGUAUUUUUAUACCAGUUUGUGAAGGGGGGAAAAAAUACAAGGUUUGAUCGUUUCCCAUCCCUCAUGAAGUUCUCAGUUGUGCUAAUGACCAUUCUCUGCCAGUGCCACGGUUUGGUCAUUCGGGCAUGUUCCUCCUCAUCCUGUGUGCUACCCUGUCUACCACGCAUCACUCUUCUUAAAAUUUGUUGCCACAGAACGAUCCAUCAGUGUGUCUUUCUGAAAAUAAAUGAGAAAAGUACACAGUGU